CUGGAGCAUCGCCAUGCUCCAAGCUUUCGCGCUAGCUCGCGCCCUAUGGUCCCUAUGGUAGUGUGGCGUGUCCUGGAGAUUAGGGGCCGAGGGCCUAAGAGUGGUGCGUCAGUAUUUCAAUCGCAUCGAGUGCAGCUAGACUAAAAUUAGAUAGCGACUUGGUUCGUGUUCAAUAAAAUCGCCAGCGGAUGGGUUCGUUCAUCUGUUCGGAUCGCUCCUUCUCACCGUGGAGGCUCGCCCCCAUUGCCUCCAGCUUAUUUCCCCACAGGGCUCCCCACUUGAACGACUCGAUCAACGUCCAUGUCAUGGAUGGUCUGAGCGGGCAGCGCCUCUUUUGCUAGCCCAUCGUCGUUUUAUUGCCGACGGACCAGCCGACCAUUGAACCUGCAACUGCGCGGCUAGAGCAUCUGCUUCCCCUCUUUUGUCUGUUGUCUUGCUUUUAUCUCGGCCUCCCUUUUGCCAUUCUUUUUUUAUUCUUUCUUUUUCUUUUUCCUCUUCUCUUUGGCCGCCUUGUAUACUUGGCCCCCAGCCUUCCCUACAAGGCCGCAGCUGGCUCCUUUAUAUACGCCGACCCAGAGACAUCCAUCCACGUACCUUGUCGACUGUCGUCGUCGUCGUCGGCUAGGCCGCCUGCCAUCAUGUCUAGGCUCGCCUUCCUGCGGCGGCUGGCCGUGCCCGUCGGGGCGUCGGCCGUCGGCGGCGGGCUGCUCUUUUACGCGUACCGGCCGCGCAACAUCCCCGGACUCGAGGACCCGGCGGUGCCGCCGCCCAUCUACGGCGCCGACGGCACGUUCCAGCUACCGCGGUUCCCGCGCAUCCCCGCGCGCGAGGAGCAGCUGGCGGCGCUCCGGCGCAGCAGCAGUAACAGCAGCAGCGCCCAGCAGGGCGGCGGCGACGAGGAGGCCGCCGUCUACGACAUGCUCGUCAUCGGCGGCGGCGCCACGGGGGCGGGCGUGGCGCUGGACGCGGCCACGCGCGGGCUACGCGUCGCCCUGGUGGAGCGCGACGACUUUGCGUGCGGCACCAGCAGCAAGAGCACCAAGCUCGUGCACGGCGGCGUGCGCUACCUCGAGAAGGCCGUGUGGAACCUUGACUACAGCCAGUACGAGCUCGUGCGCGAGGCCCUCAAGGAGCGCAAGUACUUCCUGCAGACGGCCCCUCACCUCAGCUCGUGGCUGCCCAUCAUGCUACCGCUCGACCGCUGGUGGAAGGCCCCGUACUACUGGGCCGGCACCAAGUUCUACGACUUUCUAGCCGGGUCCGAAGGCAUCGAGAGCUCCUACUUCCUGACGCGCUCCAAGGCGCUCGACGCCUUCCCCAUGCUCAAGAAGCAGGGGCUCGUCGGCGCCCUGGUCUACUACGACGGCGCCCACAACGACUCGCGCAUGAACGUGUCCAUCGCCGCCACGGCCGCCCUCUACGGCGCCACGGUGCUCAACCACGCCGAGGUCACGGCCCUGCACAAGGACCCGGCCACGGGCCGGCUCUGCGGCGCCACGGCCCGCGACCUGUUGCCCGCGCGCGACGGCCGCCCGGCCCAGGACGUGCACAUACGCGCGCGCUGCGUCGUCAACUGCACCGGCCCCUUCACCGACGGCAUCCGCAAGCUCGACGACCCGACCUGCAAGGACAUCGUGGCGCCCUCGUCGGGCGUGCACGUGGUGCUGCCCGGCUUCUACAGCCCCGCCAACAUGGGCCUGAUCGACCCGCAGACAUCGGACGGGCGCGUCAUCUUCUUUUUACCGUGGCAGGGCAACACCAUCGCCGGCACCACCGACGACCCCUCGACCGUGACGCGCGACCCCGUGCCGGACGAGAAGUCGAUCCAGUGGAUCCUCAACGAGGUCCGCCACUACCUCUCGCCCGACAUCACGGUCCGCCGCGGCGACGUCCUGGCCGCCUGGUCCGGCCUGCGGCCCCUGGUCAAGGACCCCAAGGCCAAGAACACCGAGUCCCUCGUCCGCAACCACCUCAUCGAUGUCUCCCCCUCGGGCCUCCUCACGUGCGCCGGCGGCAAGUGGACCACGUACCGCCAGAUGGCCGAGGAGUGCGUCGACGCCGCCGUGACCGAGUUUGGCCUCGUGACGGGCCCCGUCGCCAGCGCCCCGCGCGUCAGCGGCACCGACGCGGUCGACGACGGCGCCCACCUCGACGGCUCGUGCCAGACCCACAAGGUCCGCCUCGUCGGCGCCCACGGCUACGGCAAGAACCUCUUCAUCCACCUGAUCCAGCACUUUGGCGUCGAGACCGACGUGGCCAAGCACCUGACCGAGAGCUACGGCGACCGCGCCUGGACCGUGGCGGCCCUGAGCAGCCCGACCAACAAGCGCUUCCCCGCCCGCGGCGAGCGCAUCUCGGACCUCUACCCCUUUGUCGACGGCGAGGUCCGCUACGCCGUCCGCCACGAGUAUGCCCAGACGGCCGUGGAUGUGCUGGCCCGCCGCACCAGGCUCGCCUUCCUGAACGCCCAGGCCGCCCUCGAGGCCCUGCCGCGCGUCAUCGACAUCAUGGCCGAGGAGCUCAAGUGGAGCCGGCACCGCAAGGAUCUGGAGUGGACCGAGACCGUCGCCUACCUCGAGUCCAUGGGCCUCCCCAAGCCCCUCCUCACCGCAACCCGCAAGCAGAUCGAGCAGGGCAAGAUCGACCUCUCGGCCUCGCUCGAGUACAAGAUGUACCUGAGGCACGACAAGCCCGCCGGCGACGACAAGUAGCUUUCUUUUUUUUUUUUUUUUUUU